GUAUUCUACAGCAUCAGGCAUCCAAUCCGAAACGCCUUCCUCGGAAGUGUGUUGAAGGUUGACGCUAACAUGGGAGUGAAGAUAGAAAUGUUCCGGAUGAUGCUGUAUCUGUCCUUUCCAGUGGCCAUGUUCUGGAUCUCCAAUCAGGCAGAUUAUUUUGAAGAGUAUGUAGUGAAAAGGAAGAGAGAGAUCUUCCCUCCAGGCGAGAAAAUGCAUAGAAAGGAGCUGGAGGACUUCAAGGAGCGAAUGCGAGAUCGAAAGGAACAGCGCCUGCUGAAACAGGUGGGCAUGCAGUCCGAAGAGUAAAGAGGACCAGGAAGCAGAGGAAGAUGAGGAGGAGGAGGAGGAGGAGGAAGAAGAAAAGGCUGUUUAAUUCCCUUCUGCAGCCAGAAUCCUGUGGUGCAUUCUGUGUCGGGGUGCACUGUGGGAAUGCGCGUUUCAGUUCCGUGUCAAUUCAGGAGAUUAAUUAUUUGAAAGAUCCGCUUAACCCUUUCCUAUAUCAGCUCAUGCUGUGAUCAGAACAGAAAAAUGCUAGGAUUUCAGUGCAGCUACACUUUGUGUAAGUUUGUGUCUAUGUGUGGGUGUGUGUGCGCGCGUGUGUGUGUAUGCAUGUGUGUGUUUGUGUAAGCGUGUGUGCGUGCGUGCGUGCGUGUGUGUGUGUGUGUGUCUGUGUGUGGGUGUGCGUGCGUGCUCAAACCUGCAUGCUCUUGAACCUGGAGAGACAAAAACAUUAAGAUGUAACAUAGAUUCCGUAAAAACACAGGAUGUAAUUUCAAUGGGAAUGCGCUAUUUAUUCUGUUUUCUGUU